AAAAAAAAAAAAAAAAAAAGCCUCCCGCGAGAGCAAAACAGCGUCGUCGCCUCCGCCGUCUGCGGACCUUCCUCAAGUCUUUCUGACGAGCAGAACCUGCGAGUCGAAGCAUGUGGAUCCACCCGGAGGAGGUUCUGCUGGCCGGCCCGCUUUGGGUGUCCGAGCGGGCCAACCCCUUCUUCAUCCUGCAACGGCGGCGGGGACACGGCCGCGGCGGGGGGCUCUCGGGUCACUUUUCCUCUUCCUCUUCAUUUUUUCUCGAGUGCGAAAACCCAAUUCGCGUGUCCACUUGGGUUCGCGUUCGCGUUCACGUUCACGGGGUGGACUUUGGAAGCGACUGUCAGCUUGUUGAUUGCUUUUAUUGGUUUCUUGAGUCAAGUAAAGAAAAUGUGGCGCGCGGCCGUGUCGUCGUCUUGCUACCAGAAGCAAAAUACGGAGCGGUUCUGACUUCUGCUGGGACCAAAAUAACUUCACAUGGUCCAAAAAUACAAAUGAAAAUCUGUUGCUACCUUCGUAGGACCUGGACCUCUCAGUACCAACACAAGCGCUUUUUCGUUGGUGCAGGUCUUCUGGUGGGGACUCUGGACGUGGUUCUGGACUCCAGCGCCAGGGUGGCCCCCUACCGGAUCCUCCUCCAGACGGCCGACUCGCAGAUCUUCUGGAACGUGGCCUGCGGUUCCUCGCGGAAGGAGAUCACGGAGCACUGGGAGUGGCUGGAGGCCAACCUACUGCAGACCGUCUCGGUCUUCGACAACGACCACGACGUCGCCACCUUCGUCAGGGGCAAGAUUUCCGGCAUGAUCGCCGCCGAGGAGAAACGUGCGACGGCGGGCGAAGACCACCAGGUGGACUGCGAGAAGUUCCGGGAAGCCGAGCUGAAGAUGCGCAAACUGUUCGGGAUGCCCGAAGAGGAAAAGCUGGUCAACUAUUAUUCAUGUAGUUGCUGGAAAGGUCGCGUGCCCAGGCAGGGUUGGCUCUACCUGAGCGUCAAUCACCUCUGCUUCUACUCCUUCCUGCUGGGGAAGGAAGUGGCCCUGGUGGUCCAGUGGACGGAAGUGACCCAGCUGGAGAAGAACGCCACCCUGCUGUUUCCGGAGAGCGUUCGCGUGACCACUCGGACGGACGAGCACUUCUUCUCCAUGUUCCUCAACAUCAACGACACCUUCAAGCUGAUGGAGCAGCUGGCCAACAUGGCCGUGCGCCAGCUGCUGGACAACCAGGCCUUCGCCGCCGACCGCUCGCUGCCCAGACCCCGCAAGACCCUCAAGAACGUGUCUGUCCUCAAGAGGGACCUGGACGCGCGAGCCAAGAACGAGCGGUACCGGAGCACUUUCCGCCUGACGCGGGACGAGCGUCUGGACGGCCACACGGACUGUACGCUGUGGACGCCCUUCGCCAAGACGCACGUGGCGGGCCAGCUCUUCAUCUCCAACAACUACAUCUGCUUCCAGAGCCGAGAAGACGACGUGUGCCAACUCAUCGUCCCGCUCAGAGAGGUGUCCGUCGUGGAGAAGGCGGACAGCAGCGGCGUUCUGCCGUGUCCCGUGUCCAUCAGCACCAAGAACAAAAUGAACUUCCUGUUCGCCAACCUCAAAGAUCGAGACUUCCUGGUGCAGCGCAUCUCUGACUUCCUGCAGCGGACGCCCGACGCCGCUCCUCUGGCGGCUGUGGCGUCCUCCCCCGCUGCGGCCGAGGAGCGGCGUUACGACCUGGACGUCCCCACGGCCACACGAGGUCUCCUGCAGCUUUACCGCAAGGACGCUCCGGAGGACCUGGGACCCGAAGCCGUUUCGGCCUCCCUCGCGCACACGACGUCCUCUCUGCUGUUUCAUCAUUCAUCACAAACGUUCGAGGCGAGCGAGUCGGCCGCCGAGGGAAACGGGACCUUCCGACGAGCGAGCGGGGGCGGGGCUUCAUUAACUCGACCGCCGCCGUCGUCGCUCGUUUCGGCGGAUGAGCGGCCGGCGACCGAGGGAGUGGUUUGGCGAACGGGCGCGCUGACGAGUCAUUCGUUGGUUGAAGCGAGUCCGCCGCGCGCGUCGUCGGUGGGCCGGUUCUGUGGCUUUUUCGUCUUGUUUGGUGGAAGACGGCGGGUGUCGGCUUGUGGUUUGUGUCAGAUGAAGGAGAAGAUGAAGGAGGAGGCGUGGAACAUCCACUUCUCCGAGUUUGGCCGAGGAGUCUGCAUGUACAGGACGUCCAGAACCAGAGAACUGGUCCUCGCCGGCAUUCCCGAGAGCCUCAGAGGAGAACUCUGGCUGCUCUUCUCAGGAGCGCGGAACCAGAUGGCGAUGCAUUCUGGUUACUACGGCGACCUGGUGGAUCAGACCGCGGGUCUGAGCUCUUUGGCGACGGAGGAGAUCGAGCGAGACCUCCACCGCUCCAUGCCCGAGCACCGAGCCUUCCAGAACCAGACGGGCAUCGCCGCCCUGCGCCGGGUCCUCACCGCCUACGCCCACAGGAACCCGGGCAUCGGAUACUGCCAGGCCAUGAACAUCGUGACGUCGGUGCUGCUGCUGUACUGCACCGAGGAGGAGGCCUUCUGGCUGCUGGUGGCGCUGUGCGAACGCAUGCUGCCGGACUACUACAACACCAGGGUCGUGGGCGCUCUGGUGGAUCAGGGGGUGUUCGAAGACCUGACGCGGGCUUUCCUGCCCAUCUUGUACGAGCACAUGCAGGAAUUGGGCGUGAUCUCCACCAUCAGCCUGUCCUGGUUCCUCACCCUCUUCCUGUCCGUCAUGCCCUUCGACAGCGCCGUGCUCCUGGUCGACUGCUUCUUCUACGAGGGCAUCAAAGUCAUCUUCCAGGUGGCGCUGGCGGUGCUACACGACAACAUGAACGCCUUAUUGGCCUGCAGCGACGAGGGCGAAGCCAUGACGGUCCUGGGAAGGUACCUGGACAACGUGGUGAACAAGCAGCUGGCGACGGCGCCCGUCCCCCGCCUGCACGCCCUCCUCACCGGCGGAGACGAGCCGCCCCCCGAGAUCGACGUCUUCGACCUCGUCAAGACCUCCUAUGAGACGUUCGGCGGCCUUCGCUCCGAUGUCAUCGAGCAGAUGAGGUUCAAGCAGAGGCUAAAGGUCAUGCAGUCGCUGGAAGACACGGCCAGGCGGAGCGUGGUGAGAGCGAUGAUGACCGAGUCGGCCUUCGGCAUCGACGAGCUGGAGGAGCUCUACUGCCUCUUUAAGGCCCAGCACAUGAGCAGCCGCUACUGGGGCUCCGGCGGGUCGGCGGCGGCGGCGGAGCGCCACGACCCCAGCCUGCCGUAUUUGGAGCAGUACCGCAUCGACGCCGUUCAGUUCUCGCAGCUCUUCUGCGCCCUGACCUCCUGGAGCUGCGGCGGACACACGGCCACCCUGGCCCGGCGGCUCUUCAGGACCCUGGACCGCGACCGGGACGGCCUGGUCAACUUCAAGGAGUUCGUCACGGCACUCAGCGGGACGUACCACGGCGACAUGACGGACAAGCUGAAGACGCUCUACAAGCUCCACCUGCCGCCCGCUCUAGGUCCCGAGGAGGCGGAGUCUGCUCCGGAGGCCGAAAACGUCUUUGGCGAUCAAACGGCGAAAGAAACUUCCGUCCCGUCGACCGCAGAGGCGUCGGGGCCGCCGGAAACGAGCUCAGGUGACGUAGCCGAGCGCCCGUCGGGCCGCGGCGGCGCCGGCGAGGACAAGAAAGAGGACUACAGGUACUACCUGAGGAUGUGGGCCGAGGAGAAGGAGCCCAAGCGGGAAUCCGUCCAGGAUCUUCCUCCGAUGAAUCAGGAGCAGUUCAUCGAGCUGUGCAAGACGUUGUACAACAUGUUCAGCGAGGACGAGCGCGACGAGCAGCGGCUGUACCACGCCAUCGCCACCGUCGCCAGCCUGCUGCUGCGCAUCGGCGAAGUCGGCAAGAAGUUCAACAACAGCAAGUCGGAGGCGACGGGCGCCGACGGCGACGCCGACUGGUCCAUCAGCUUCCGGCAGGUCCUGGCGUCGGUGCUGACCGAGCCGCCCCUGGUGGACUUCUUUGAGAGGAAGCGGGACAUCCGGGACAAGAUGGCCGCCCGCGAGGCCCGGCAAGCGGCGCUCCGCCAGACCGCGUCCGUCUCCUCCGACCUCUGACCGCGACCGCCUCCCUUCCUUCCUCUUUCACAAUAAAAGACUUCCGGGAGGGAAAACAAAUCUGUUGGAGGAAAACCAAUUUGGAAGGAUUUUUUUUUUUUUUUAACUCUUGUAUGUUGUUUAUCUUUUUUUUUUUU